GUCUACUAGAUUGUGCUCUUAACAACACUGGUCGAAUUUCGCGCAUUUAAUCUGCUGCAUUUUAUAAAAUAAUGUACAUGGUUUAUAUAAAAUGUUGAGCGACGAACUCGAUAUUUACGAUGAUUUGGAUGAAUUUCAAGAAGCUGAAAAUAAGAAAUCCAAAGAAUUGGAGGCCUGCGAGGCAAAAUAUGAUGCCGCGCAGCUGGAAAUUGCAAAUUUGCAAGCGCAAAACAAAGCACUUGCCAAGAAAAUUAAGACAAUGGAGGUGAAUUUCCAAAACCUGCUCGAUACGGCUAAGGCGGAAAUCAAGCGCAAGGAUGCACAAAUAACGCAGCUGCGCAAGGAGAAAGAUGAUAUAUGCUUCAGACGCAAGCGUGCACCCAAUUUGGGGCAGCCCAACUCCCAGACACAACCUUUAGACGAGCUGCAACAUCAGCAACACAAACGCUUCAAACGCGUGGAAAUGUCGGACGUGAAAGCUGAAAUUGCCAUCGACAACAAUAACGAAAACUGCGAUGUGAAAAUGAAACAUCUUACACAACAGCACGUACCCGUAAGACGAUCUAUUAGCCGGGAGGCUGGCCCCGAGAAAAUGGCGCAACACAAGCGAGACAAGCCAUUUGACUCGGACGCAGAGCGUCAGCGCUCAGCUGAUGUGAGGAAUCCGCAGGAAAGAUUACGAGAUCGGGAUCGAGAACGAGAACGAGAUCGGGAUCGAGAACGAGAACGAGAUCAAGAUCGUAAUAGAGAUAGAAGUCGACGUCGAAGUCGUAGUCGCAGUCGAGAGCGCUGCCGCAGUCGGGAUCGUUAUAGAAGCAACAGCCAGAGGCACAGCUCAAGGAACAGGGAUCUAAAAAGAAGUCGGCGGAGUCGGUCGCGUUCACGUUCGCGUUCUACCCAUAAGAAUAGCAGCAGGAGCGGUAAACAUAAAAGCACACGGGAAACUGAAAGAAAACACCGUACCAAAUCCUCUACACAUGACCACAAACCAAAAACCAUGGAAGAUCUCUUUGGCAGCACGCCCAAGCACCAAAGCCCAGCGACGACAACAAAUGCAGGCAGCAGCAAUGUGGACAGUGAAAAAGUAUUCCAGAACCUUAUGGCAAAUAUGGAACCGCUAACGCCACAAGAGCUGUACACGCCGGAAAGCCAAAUCGAAGCAAGACUACAGCAAACAAGCAGCGGAAAAUCUGGAAAAUAUAAGCAACAAUUAGCCGAAAAUAUAAACACAUAUUUUGUAUGCAAUGUUGAAAGUAAGGACAUGGAACAGAAAUUUGCAAGGGAUGAGGAACAACUGGAUAAUCAAGUUGUCGCGAAACCAAAAAACCCAUUGCCUAGUCCGCAUUUUAAGCCCUUGCUAAAUGCAGAAAAUACAAAACAAAAUCUUCAAAAUGCUGUAAAAGUUGAGUUCGUAAAUGAAGUAGCUAAUGAAACAAAUCAGGGACAGGAUGCAAAUGAUGAAGAGCAGUCAGUUCAUGAGGAUAACAUGGAUAACAUAGAAUCUCAGCAGAACAUGUCGGGCACAGACAAAGCGCAGUUAACUGCUCAGGAUUUGUUGGAUGCAGAAGAAAUAAUUAAUAAAGUGCAUAAUACAAACGAUCAACAACACAUUCCGGGCCUGGAUUUUAUAGCCGAAGAUCAGUUCAAAAGAGAAUUGGAUGACGGUCAAACCAAUCUACACAUUCCGGGCCUGGAUUUGGUUGAUAAUGAGACACUCAUAAACGAUGUGGAUAAUGGAAAAGCAAAUGAGCAAAUUCCCGGGCUAGACUUUAAGGAGGAAUUAAUUACGGAAUUGGAUACGAAAAUGCACGAUAAUGCUCCUGCUCAGGAUUUGAAGGCCAUAAAUAAAGUGGAUACAAAACCACAUUUAUACAUACCAGGCCUGGAUUUGAUGGAUGAAGAGGCCACCAUAAGUAACAUGGACCCGAGAACGCAGGAAUACAUGCCGGGUCUGAAUAUUUCCAUUGAAGAGGAAGCAACAAAAAAUGCAGUGGCAAAAACACAUGAAAAUAUACUGGAUAUGGAUUUUGUAAUACAAGAGGAUCUAACACGAGAGGUGGCUAAUAUGAAAGCAAAUGAGCAUAUAUCUGUGCUGGACCUAAAGAGUGAUUUGGAAGUAACUAAAGCAGUUGUUGCAGAACCACAUGAAUAUAUACCCGGACUGGACUUUACUACUGCAGAGAAAAUAGCGGGCGAUGUAGAUACUGAAGCACACAAUUGUUUGGGCUUUGCAGAGGAACAGGGGCUACCAAGCGAUGUGGAUAAAACAAAAACAAACACAACUGAUAAUCAAGACUGUGCACCAGCUGAGGAACUGAAAGAUAGCACGAAUAAGAUCUCGACUGGGAAUGAAACCGAAAAUAUAGAAGCAAAAGGCGAAAGGAGCGAUGCACCAAGUGAGCACCAUAGGGAAAAUCAGUUAAGGGAAAGCAAUGACAACAGGGAAUCAUCUGAUGAUGAUGCUCAGGAAGGCGAACGGAGCGACAAUUCGACUGCAAACAAUGCACCAAGUAAGCACCAAAGGGAAAAUCAGAUAAGGGAAAGCAAUGACAACACGGAAUCAUCUGAUGAUGAUGCUCAGGAAGGCGAACGGUGCGACAAUUCGACAGCAAACAAUGCACCAAGUGAGCACCAUAGGGAAAGUCAGUUAAGGGAAAGCAAUGACAACAGGGAAUCAUCUGAUGAUGAUGCUCAGGAAGGCGAACGGAGCGACAAUUCGACUGCAAACAAUGCACCAAGUAAGCACCAAAGGGAAAAUCAGAUAAGGGAAAGCAAUGAGAACACGGAAUCAUCUGAUGAUGAUGCUCAGGAACCAGAGCAAGCGAAAAUUGAGGACCAUAGAGAAAAACAGUUAGUGGAGAGCAACCAAUACAUGGAAUCAUCUGAUGAUGAUUCUCAGGAGCUAGAGCAACCGAAAUGUGAGGAUCCUAGGGAAAGUCAAUUAACGGAAGGCCAUGACGACAUGGAAUCAUCAGAAGAUAAUGGUCAGGAACUAGAGCAAACGAAAAGUGAAGACAACAGGGAAAAUCAGUUAGGGGAAAGCAAUGACAACAUGGAUUCUUUAGAUGAUGAUGCUCAAGAACUAGAGGAAUCAUCAUCUGAUGAUGAUGAUGAUGAUCAUGAACUGGAGCAAGCGAAAAGUGAGGACCAAAUGGAAAAUCAGUUAAUGGAAAGCAAUCAAAACUCAGAAUCAUCCGAUUUUCAAGAAAUAGAUGCAGCUGCAAAGCCAACAUUAAGCGAGCCCACAACGCCUCCCAGCCAGGACUCCAACUAUUGUCAAUUAGAUCAAUUACCAGCACAGGCAGAGAACAUGGUUACACCCAAGCGUCCAGUCCGUGGCAUGAAAAGCAUACAAAUAAUUGAGGACAUACGCUUGCCCGUCAUGAUGGAUAUUGAGAAUCUUGCAGUUAAAGUAGAUGGAACAAGCGAGGAGCACAGCUUGAAACAAACAGACGAGCUGUCCAAUGCACAUGAUGUUACUGAGCAAAUGCCAGGGCUGAAUUUUAAUGUCGACACAUUAACGCAGCCAGCAUCGGAGAUUGAAGGAGAGUCUCAGCUGCAGUUCAUCACAGUUAAUCAAAAUGAACGCAACUCGAAAAUUGUGGCAGUUAAUACGACAAUCACGCCCAAGCUGACAGUCGUUGCAGCUACAGUUAUGUACGCCCAGCCGGAUUCAACCAAGAUUGAUCACACCGAGGACGAUGCUGCACUCGAGGCAGUCAUGAAUGAGUUAAUACCAGAUAAACAGCAGGCAAUCACAUUGGACGAAAGCUAUCCGAAUUUGAGCCUAGAAACGGAUACCAUUGAGCUGGCAUUGAAGCAGCUGCAUCAGCAAUCCCAAACCGAUGAGCAGCCGGACGAAACAGCUGUAACGUCCACAUCCAUGAAGUUGCCGCAAACCCCCAAACAGGAUCUUAUCCAGAUACUUAUGCAAUCGCCAUUGCAGUCGACAGCUGCGUGCACGACGCGAAACACUCCUGCAAAAGUGAGGGUCAGAAUAAAGAAACUCGAAGCACGGACAACCAGCAAAAAAAGAAGCAACAAUGAGGCCUGCAGCGCUGCGCCGGAAGAUUCAAAAGAAACGCCGCUAAAAAAACGUAGAGUAGAUGUUAACGAUGGCGACACAGUGAAUACCGCCGAUCCAAUUGUGCCCCAAACGCCACCAGAAACAGCCUUAACUACGGAGGCCUCGCAGUUGCAUGUGACCAUUGAUGAGACCUUCAAUGCCAGCACAAUGGAGCAGAGCCACUGCCAGAACAGCAACGACUCUUCUAUGGUGACCAAACGCUGCUCUCUGGGCAACAGCGACUAUCAAUUCGAGCGGAUCAAUGAUGAGGUUGUGUUACGCGUCACACGUCGUCGACGACGCCGACCAGCAGCAGCAGCUGCACCAGCUGCCAAUCGGGAGUCAUAAAUACUAUAUAUCAUAAUGGUUCACACUAGUAAGAUAUCUGGCUAUAUGCUUACUUAAGCUAUGGGGAUGUUAUAUAUAUACAUACAUAUUCUAUGUAACUACAAGGAAAACUUAUCAAAACAUAACACAAUAUUCUUAAAUUAUCUACUUAGUUUUUAACAGCAUGUAAAAAUUGUGAUUUUAGAUAAUAACACUUAA